UGAAAUCGGAGGCAUUGUACGCAUUGUAGUGUUGAGCGCAUUGUGGAGUCAAACGUAUAUUCAGUGCUCGGAAACGACAGUCGAAACCAAACAAAACGCAAAACCGAUUGAAACAGACGUACGAAUCAGUGGUAAAACAACUCACUCUUUGGCCACCACUUGAUCAUCAACUGAUCGGCGCUGAUCACCACCACUACCACCGCAGAGACAAUGCCCAACAUAAAGCUGCAGUCAUCGGACGGGGAGGUGUUUGACGUGGACGUGGAGAUCGCGAAGCUGUCGGUGACCAUCAAGACGAUGCUCGAGGACCUCGGGAUGGACGAGGAGGACGAGGAGGUGGUGCCCCUCCCGAACGUGAACUCGACGAUCCUCAAGAAGGUGAUCCAGUGGGCCACCUAUCAUAAGGACGACCCGCCGACCCCUGAUGACGACGAGAAUAAGGAGAAGCGCACGGAUGACAUCAGCAGUUGGGACGCAGACUUCCUCAAGGUUGACCAGGGUACUCUCUUUGAGCUGAUCCUCGCCGCCAACUACCUCGACAUCAAAGGUCUGUUGGACGUGACGUGUAAGACAGUGGCGAAUAUGAUCAAAGGCAAGACCCCGGAGGAGAUCCGCAAGACAUUCAACAUCAAGAAUGACUUCAACCCUCAGGAGGAGGAACAGGUGCGC